UAUAAGUUAUGACUUACCAAAAAAAUAAUUAAAAAAAGAAAAGAAAUAAUGAAUCUUGUGUGAAAAUAAAGAGCUAUGACUUGACUCUAGCUUACUUUGGAAAUUGUCAGCUUCAGAUCUCUGGAUGAAUAUUACUCCAUAUGAAUCCUGUGCAUUGAAUCAUCCUCAACUCCUACCGGUUUUCCUGACGAUAUUUUUGCCCCCCAUUUUGGUCCAGUUUUGUAUUUACUAGAGAAAUAUCAUUAAUCCUUUUCCAUCAUAUACAAGUAGUAGGCAAAAAGUGAAGUCACUUUUCACUCAAAACUUUCUUGCACCUCAUUGAUUUCAGACAGCCAAGAAUCACAUUUUCUUUAACUUUUAUGGGAUGCUCAGGUGAAAUCAUAGCCGCCCUUUUUCCUAUUACCAUAUGAUUCUUUCAUCUCCUCAUUGAAUACUUGGAGAUUCUAGUGAUGGAGUAUUCAUGGAUUCCGCUGUGUUUGCUUGCUACAUUUGUCCUCGUAUCGGAAGCACAGUUAGUUCCAACAGAGAGCAGAAUCCUAUUCCAAAUCCAGCAGCUUCUAGAAUACCCACAAGCUCUUGAGACAUGGAGCAACUGGACCAACUUCUGCUUCCUCCCUCCCACGCCCACCCUCACAAUCGUGUGUUCCCAAAAUCACGUCACAGAGCUAACCAUCGUCGGAAACAGAACCUCCCCUUCCCACGCUCUCUCCGCCAGAUUCUCCACCGAUUCAUUCUUCACCGUCCUCACUAAGCUCCCAAAUCUGCAGAAACUCUCGCUCGUCUCCUUAGGUCUGUGGGGCCCCCUGCCGCCAAAAAUCAACCGUUUCCGCUCGCUUCAAGUUCUCAACAUCAGCUCCAACUUCAUCGCCGGCCAACUGCCUACCUCUGUUUCGACUUAUCCGAGGUUGACAAGCCUAGUUCUGCGUGACAAUCUCUUCAAUGGGAGUCUUCCUGAUCUAUCUACUUUAACCUUGCUGCAAGAGCUCGAUUUGAGAGACAACUAUUUUGGGCCCAAGUUUCCAUCCCUAGGCACCAAUCUUGUGUUCAUCAAUCUUGCCAACAAUUCUCUGAGAUCCGAAAUCCCUCAAGAUUUGAACAAGUUGUACAAGCUUCAAUAUCUUGAUGCUUCGUCUAAUAAGCUGGUUGGCCCGAUUCCUUCCUUCUUGUUUUCAUUGCCGCUGAUUGAGCACAUUAGUGUUGCCAAGAAUCAGCUGACUGGGACGUUUCCUCCCAAUGCUUCUUGCAGUGGGAAUCUCAGCUUCGUUGAUGUUUCGAGCAAUCUUUUGAUUGGGAAGUUACCUUCUUGUCUUGCUCCCAACGUCGGGAACAGAACGGUUCUGAUAAUGUGGAACUGUCUGUCUAACACAACCUCCAAGUAUCAGAGGCCGAAUGCUUUCUGCCGGAAAGAUGCACUGGCCGUUAUGCCUCCUGCGAGGAGGAAGGAAGAGGAAUCUACCUUGAAAUUGGGCAUUGUGCUUGGAGUUAUUGGUGGGAUUGUGGCGAUUUUGGGUGUUUUGGGGCUGUUGAUUCUUGUUAUUUAUAGAAAGUUGCAGAGGAAAGGGCUUAAUGAAUUCAGAAGUGAGAGUUUUGUGAUGGAGAAAGGCUCUCCAAUUGGAAGGCACGUUCCGCAGCCGAUGAGGAUGACGUCUCUUGGGCUGCCACCGUACCACGUGUUCACACUCGAGGAUAUGGAAGACGCGACCAACAACUUUGAUCCAUCCAAUCUAGUGGGAGAAGGAUCACAAGGGCAGCUAUACAGAGGAAGGGUGAGAGAUGGGUCAGUGGUGCUUGUGAAAUGCUUGAAGCUAAAGCAGAAGCAUUCAGCUCAGGCUCUGCAGCAGCACAUGGAGGUGAUAUCCAAGCUGAGGCACCGGCACUUGGUGAGCGUGCUAGGCCACUGCGUCGUCUCCUACCACGACCACCCCAGCACGGCCUCCACCGUCUUCAUCGUGCUUGAGAACAUGUCUAACGCCUCAUUGAGGGACCAUCUCAUGGAUUGGAGAAAAAGAGAAGCCCUGAAAUGGCCGCAGAGAAUGGGCAUCAGCAUGGGCGUAGCCAGAGGGAUUCAGUACCUGCACACCGCCGGAAUUGUUGGGAACGACAUCAAAAUCGACACCAUUCUUUUAGAUGAGAGCCUCACUGCCAGAAUCAGUAGCUACAACAUCAUCAUACCGUCUAAGGUGGGAACAGAAAGUCCUCUGCAUGGAUCAGACGCCUCAAAUUCAGAAAGCAGACAAAAUCCAGAAAAGGAAGAUAUAUAUAGGCUGGGAGCUAUUCUUGUUCAACUCAUCACUGGUAGACCUAUAGACUCUCAAACUGAACUACAAGACCUUAAAUUUCAGUUGGAGAGGAGCUUAGCAGAAUCACCAUCGAAACUACGAGACUUGAUUGAUCCGUCGAUGCGUGGGACCUUUGCCUAUGAAUCGUUGAAAACAGUGGUGCAGAUCAGCAUAAACUGCUUGAGCAAAGAAGCGAUGGGGCGGCCGACGGUGGAGGAUGUGCUGUGGCAUAUGCAGUAUUCGGUGCAGGUUCAAGAAGGAUGGACCAACAGUGGCAACCUUAGUGGAAAUCUUAGUGGAAACCUUACUAACAGAAUCUGAUUAUGCCAAUAUAUACUUUCAUUACUUUGAUGCAUCAAGUCAUAAUCUGAUUCCACUAAACAGGAUUUGUAUCUAGCAAAUUUUUAUGAUAAAUUUUGUAAAAAAGUCUCUGUUUUUUCCAUCUUAGUAUAAUGCAAAAGAGCGCCUAUCCUUGUA